AUGGCUUCUCAAUCUCCUCUUCCCGAGACUCAUCGAGCCCUCGUGUUACACUCCAACGACACUCCCCCCAAAGUCGAAACCCGUCCCGUACCGCAGGCAACCCCAGGCAACGUCGUCGUCCGCGUCCUCGCCGCCAACGUCCUCUCCUACAGCCGCGAGAUGCUCGACGGCACCCGUCCGUACCCCUAUCCCAAGCCGUACGUCCCCGGCGGCAGCGCAGUGGGAAGGAUCGCGGCCGUGGGACCGGACUGCAGCACCUUUGCGCCUGGGCAGCUGGUGCUCGUGGACAUCAUGACGCGUGCUCGGGACGACACUUCGGCGAGCUACCUGAUGGGCAUUCACCAGGGGUUUUCGACGACGACUGUGAAGCUUGCGACUGAUGAGUGGAGGGACUCGACGUAUGCAGAGUACGCCAAAGUUCCGCUUGAGAAUGUGUAUGCGCUUGAUGAGGAGCGGUUGUUGGGGGAUUCAGCCAAGGGGGGGCUGGGGUAUACUGUUGAAGAUUUGGCGUACUUGUAUCGACUUCUCGUUCCGUUUGGGGGGUUCAGGGACAUUGAUCUCAAGGUUGGUGAGACGGUUCUCAUAGGGCCUGCCACGGGGCCCUAUGGGACUGCGGCUGUGAGUCUUGCGCUUGCGCUGGGGGCAAAGGUCGUUGCCAUGGGAAGAAACGGGCAGGUGCUGGAGAAGCUGGCCGCGACGAGCGACAGGGUGAAGACGGUGCAGCUCACGGGAGACGUCAAGGCGGACACGGCGGCUAUCAAGCGGCACGGCCCCAUUGACGUCUUCUAUGACAUUUGCCCCCCGGCGGCGGCGUCGUCGACGCACAUCAUGAGCGGGAUACUGUCACUGGCUCAUUCGGGGCGGGUGAGCCUGAUGGGGGGCAUCGCGGGGGAUGUUGCGAUUCCGUAUGCGGCGAUUAUGUUCAACGACUUGAAGCUGCAUGGGAAGUUCAUGUAUGAGCGGGAGGAUGCGAGGCUGUUGGUGAAGAUGGUGGAGACGGGGGUUUUGGGGCUGGGGGGCAGGAUUGGGGCGAUGUGCGAGGGGAGGUUUGGGCUGGAGGAGUGGAGUGAGGCUUUUGAUGCUGCGAAGGGGAAUGCUGGGCCUGGGCAGUUUGUUGUUAUUAAGCCUUGA